AUGGCCAUGUUCUUGCCGUCGGCGGUCCCCUGCGAGGGCCGCAAAUACCUGACCCGGUCGCAUUUCGCUAGCGCUCGCGCAUUCUCGCCUACACCACCCCCGUCCGGUGACGGUCUGCUGGGCACCUGUCGCGCCCUGCAGUCGCUCCUCUGCGUCUCGCCUGUCUCCUCCCCACGGCGACCACGGUCCGACCGCCUCCAGAGUCCCCUCCACAUCCAGUCUGCGCCGACCCCACGUCGAUCGCAGAGGGUCGUCAAGCCGCAGCCCAAACCAUCACCACCUCCGCGCGGCGUCAACAAGAGGACCCGUCAGACCUAUGAAGCCGACGAUGGCGACGUAGACAUGCCCGCGAAAGAACAGCGCGAUCGAUUCUCAACCCCGAAGCGGCAGAAGCGCGCGCCAUCCGACCUGCCGCUGGGCCUGGCCAUUGCAGACUUUGAGUCGCUGGAAGAAUCCGUCGCAAGACAAAAGUCCCGUCAAAUCACCCCGCAACCAGACGAACAACCUGACCAGCCGGUCCUUCCGUCCAUCGAGACGCCCGAAGAGGACGAGUCAUCCGAGUGGACGGCCGAGGAUGACCAGAAGCUGGUGGAGAUUGUGCUAGAGAAGCUGAAGCUGUCGAAGCGCGAUUGGGAGGAGUGCGCGCGCCGGAUUGGCAAGGACAACGACAGUGUCGGGAGACGAUGGCGCGCGCUCGUGGGCGAAGGCAAUAUUGGCCUGCGCCGUGGCGGCCGAACGGUCCGGGGGCGCUUAGACGAAUGUUGGCGACUGAAGAAACAGAUCUUGAGAAAGGGAUAUUUCUUUUCCACAGACAGACAGACAGACAGCAGCAAUGGAAAGAAUUUCCUUUCCUUUCCUGAUCAGUCAAUCUAUAUGUGUGUACUGAUUAACGAUGACUAUGAUAAUAACAAUGACGGGCCGUCUCUAUGUCCGUCCGGGAGUCAAUCAUUCAUGAUUCAAUGA